AUGUCGUCCGCCGCAGCAAAGCGCCUCGAGGGUAAGACCAUUGUCAUCACUGGUGCCUCGUCUGGUAUCGGUCGCUCCACUGCCUUUGAGUUUGCCCGCACCAGCCCCAAGGACCUCAAGCUCGUCCUCACGGCGCGCCGCAUUGAUACUCUCAAGCAGAUCGCCCAGGAUAUCGUCAAGGAGGUUGGAGAUGGUGUCAAGGUUCUCCCUGUCCAGCUCGAUGUCAGCAACCCCGACCAGGUGCGCUCAUUUGUGAGCAACCUCCCCGCCGAGUUCCAGGAGAUCGAUGUGCUCGUCAACAACGCUGGCCUGGUUAAGGGUGUGGCCAAGGCGCCCGAGAUCGCUGAGGAGGACAUCAAUGUCAUGUUUGCGACCAACGUGACUGGUCUGAUCAACAUGACCCAAGCCGUUCUCCCCAUCUUCCUCAAGCGUAACAACGGUGAAGGCUCCGGCGACAUCAUCAACAUUGGCUCCAUUGCCGGCCGCGAGCCCUACCCCGGCGGCGGCAUCUACUGCGCCACCAAGGCCGCCGUCCGUUCUUUCACAGACAGUCUCCGCAAGGAGCUGAUUAGCAAGCGAGUCCGUGUCAUUGGAAUCGAUCCCGGCCAAGUGGAGACCGAGUUCUCUGUGAUCCGAUUCUACGGUGACAAGAGCAAGGCCGAUGCCGUCUAUGCUAAUCAAGAGCCCUUGACACCCGAGGAUAUUGCCGAAGUCAUUGUUUUCACUGCCAGCCGAAGGGAGAAUGUUGUCGUCGCCGACACUUUGAUCUUCCCCAGUCACCAGGCCAGCCCUGGACAUGUGCACAAGAAGGCUUAA